CCACGAACAGGCUGGCUUGAACUGUCAGCGUGGAGAUGGUGCAAUGCGUUUCUACGAGGAACCGUGUUAUAACAGAUAGUGAACAUUUACCGUGUGAAAAUACUGGAAAUUAAGAUGAGAACGUUGUCGGCUCUUCUGUUCCUGUCCGUUUCUGUGUCUGCUGUCCGUGGCACACUAUCGAAGACAGAUGCUAAAAAGUCUGCCAAGGCUCAGGAAACUGAGACGUCAGUCCCAGACAAGCCUGUGCAGGAGAGAGGUCUGGUAGUAACGGAUCCUCAGUGGAGAGAUGUCGUGAGAGAAGAGAAGAGAUACUGUCCUCAUGUCAUAUCAACCCGUAAUUUCCAUGGUGCCGUUCAAGGAUACAUCACACCUUGGAACUCUCAUGGGUACGACAUUGCUAAGGUGUUUGGACCCAAGCUGACCUCAGUAUCUCCAGUGUGGCUGCAGAUAAGACGCAGGGGGCCAGAGAGCUUCCACAUCACAGGCUUACAUGACCACGACCCAGGUUGGGUUAAAGCUGUGAGGAAAGCCAACCGAAAAAAUAAAAUAUUGCCCCGUCUGUUGUUUGAUGGCUGGUCGUACCAGGACUACAUGAGUGUGUUAGACAGCGAAGAUGAGAUAGAGGAACUGGGUAGAGAAGCAGUGGAAGUAGCAAAGAGUGAGGGGUUUGAUGGCUACACGAUAGAGGUGUGGAGCCAACUGGGAGGAAGCAAGAGAAAGGAACUGGUCCAUCUUGUAACACAUUUGUGUGAGUUUCUGAAGGCCGAGAAAAUGACCUGUGUUCUGGUCAUCCCUCCUCCUAUUGCUCCAGGGUCGGGUCAGCCUGGUAUGUUUGGAAGAGAGGAGUUUGAGAAGUUGGCUCCUGUAGUGGAUGCAUUCAGCCUGAUGACCUAUGACUACUCCAGCCCUGGCAGGCCUGGUCCCAGCUCACCCCUGCCCUGGAUGAGAGAGUGUGUGCUGAGCCUGGCACCACAGACCCAGUGGAGACAUAAGAUCCUGUUGGGCCUCAACCUCUACGGACUGGACUUUUCCACUCACGGAGGAGCAGAACCACUGCUGGGGGGCAGGUACACUGAGUUACUGCGGGAGCUGAGGCCCAAACUGCUUUGGGAUGAGUAUGCAGGGGAACACUACUUUACCUACAAAAGGAAUAAUGGAGUGAAGCAUGUGGUGUAUUACCCUUCUCUAAAGUCUCUCCAGCUGCGCAUUUCUCUGGCGGCAGAGCUGGGCACUGGGAUUUCCAUGUGGGAACUGGGACAAGGGCUGGACUAUUUCUAUGACCUUUUCUGAGUCCCUGGAUUGGCACUACACACAAACACACACACACACACACACACACAUACACACUGUUACAGAUCUUCCAGUCUCUCACAGUUGGAUCCAUUCAUGUAUGUUCCUCAUACAGUGACGGUACUGAGCAUGAUAAUAAAAUAAAAUUAUUUUCGGUACAGUUUCUGGUCUGGCCAGAAUUA